UUUACGGUAAGAUGGAAAGGGACAAUAAAGCUGAAGAUAUGGAUAUAACAACAGCAGAAGGAAAUCUCUUAGAGCAACCCAAAGAAGUAACGGUACCUGCUCGUAACCCAUUGAUAAAGAUGCGUACAUAUGUACUUGCGCUUCGGCCGUGGUCACUGAGUGCCAGUUUAUUACCUACAUUACUUGGCGCUGCAUUAGCCUACCGUCUGCCUGGAGAGACCGGCUUCAGUUGGCUCACUCUGCUGCUCACACUAUGCACCGUGAUUCUAGUACAUGGAGCCGGUAACGUCGUGAACACAUACUUUGAUUUUGUUAAAGGAAUUGAUAACCGCAAAUCAGAUGACAGGACAUUGGUGGACCACAUUCUAAGUGUAGAUGAAAUUGUUUCCCUGGGUGCUAUUUUAUAUUUCGCCGGGUGCGCAUUUUUUGUUCCUCUCAUUAUAUCAUCACCAGCUCGAAUGGAACAUCUUGCUCUAGUUUAUUUUGGCGGAUUGUCAUCUUCAUUUUUAUAUACUGGAGGCAUUGGUUUGAAGUAUAUAGCUCUCGGAGACAUUCUAGUUUUAGUUAUAUUUGGGCCAGUGUCAGUAGUGUUUUCAUUUCUGGCACAAACAGGGCGAGUUGAUUGGCAAAUUAUUUCCUAUGCAGUACCACUAGCGUUGAACACAGAGGCAAUAUUACACAGCAAUAACACAAGAGACUUGGAGACAGAUUGCAAAGCAGAGAUUGUGACCUUGGCAAUAUUGAUUGGGAGAACUGCAUCUUAUUUUUUGUAUGCAUUUUUGUUGUUUAUUCCAUACAUAAUGUUUGUUGUUGCAUCAGUCAGAUGUUCUUUUUGGUUCCUACUACCAAUCUUAACACUUCCUAGAGCAUUUGAAAUUGAAAGGAGGUUUAGAAAUCCAGACACCAUGCGCUGUGUUCCUAGGCAGACAGCUAGGCUGAACUUUUAUUUUGGUAUGCUGUAUAUGAUCUCCUGCUUAUUUGCUAAGAGACUUCCUUUCCUGUUGAGGUAGUAUAGUCAAAAUGCUUAAUUUUAUGCUAUUAUAUCAGUAUUUCAACAUUUUAAUUUAAGAAUAGGCUCAUUCAUUCAUGCAAGUAAUGAGCUUAUGCAUUCACAAAAAAGGAUUGUGCUUUAUAGAAAUAAGGUGGCACAAGCAUAGAAUAAUAAACAAUUUGAAUUAGCAUAUAUCUGAUUCCUAACACCACUAUUAUGUUAAUAUUGUGUGUUGCCUAUGGGAUGCUAGUGUGAUCGUGACCUGAUAAGUCUUCAGAAAUAUCAGUUGACAAUGAAUGUUACACGAGACAAGGAUAUGGGUCUUGCUUAUGAAUAACUACCUCUUCAUGUUAAUAUAAGAUGUGUGUGUGACAAAAUGUACAUUAUUUGUGGUAUGUUAAAUAUGUAAUGUUAAAGGAUUUGUAAGAUAAAUGCUGGGAUAUAUUUAUUAAAUUAGGUACAUUAUUUUGUAUGAAAUCUCACAAUCAAUGUCUAUGACAAUAAUAAUUUAUAUUUUAAUUCUCAAGUUGAAUAUAUGUAUAGUUUACAUUUA